GAAAAUGUUAUCAAUUUCUGUUGCUCUUCUGACUACUCUGUGCCUCAAAGGCGGCCUAACAUAUGCAUUCAGUGCUCGGGAUAACGGGGAUAUAUUUAUUAUAAAUUAUGACAGCUUCGAUGGCGAUGUGGAUGACAUGUCGACCACAACCCAAGCAGCUAGAGAUCCCGAAUAUAUUGAUUUUGAUGAGAUAAUACAUGGCUGUAAUGCAAGUUUCAUUACGCCCAUGUCUCAUGUGCUGCAGUUCAAUAACACGGGUAAACUGGCUGAUGAGAAAGACAUGACCAGCAUGUGCUAUUUCCGCUGCUUCUUCGAAAAGGCUGGACUAGUAGAAAACUUUAAGCUGAAUCCGAACGUGGUGCGCAAGUAUAUGUGGCCAGCAACGGGCGAUUCUAUUGAGUACUGUGAGUCGCAGGGCGUUAAUGAAAAGAAUGCAUGCGUGAGGACCUACUCCAUUGCACAGUGCGCCAUGACACGUGCUUUAACGGAUGCCCGAAACAAGCCAAUGGUUUAAAUAUCAUUAUGUACAUAUU